GAAAGAUGCCCUAGAAUCUUCGUUAUCGACACCGUGACUUCCUUUAAUACCCUGGCAGCUACUCAUCCAUUUUAUAACUCCUUAUUGCUUCCAUCUUCUUCCCCAAUCCAAGCAAUCUGCUCGCCCGCCUAAUCCAUCGAAGAUGACUGCCUUCAUCGGAAAGUACAAAGAUGAGCUCAUCGCCAACGCUGCCUACAUCGGUACUCCCGGCAAGGGUAUCCUUGCCGCCGACGAGUCUACCGGUACCAUUGGCAAGCGGCUUUCAAGCAUCAACGUCGAGAAUGUCGAGGCAAACCGCCAGGCUCUUCGUGAGCUCCUCUUCUGUGCUCCCGGCGCCCUUCAAUACCUUAGCGGGGUAAUCCUAUUCGAGGAAACCCUCUAUCAGAAAACCGCCGACGGAAAGCCGUUUGUUGAAGUUCUAAAAGCCGGCGGCGUUCUCCCCGGCAUAAAGGUGGACAAGGGCACCGUCGAGCUUGCAGGCACCAAAGGCGAAACCACCACACAAGGCCUCGAUGAUCUUGGCAAGCGAUGCGCCAAGUACUACGAAGCCGGCGCCCGCUUUGCGAAGUGGCGCGCCGUCCUCAAAAUUGGUCCCAACGAGCCUUCGCAGCUCGCCAUCAACGAGAAUGCGAACGGACUCGCUCGUUAUGCCAUCAUCUCUCAGGAGAAUGGGUUGGUUCCCAUUGUUGAGCCGGAGAUCCUCGUUGAUGGGCCGCACGACAUCGAUCGUUGCGCCGAAGUGUCAGAACGGGUGCUUGCGGCUUGCUACAAGGCGCUUAAUGAUCACCAUGUUCUCUUGGAAGGUUCACUCCUGAAGCCGAAUAUGGUGACUCCGGGCUCAGAUUCGGCUAAGGUGGCCCCUGAGGUUAUUGCGGAGUACACCGUGCGAACUCUAUUGAGGACUGUUCCGGCGGCCGUGCCGGCCAUUGUUUUCCUCUCCGGCGGGCAGAGCGAGGAGGAGGCGACGCUUAACCUCAAUGCAAUGAACAAGCUGAAGGGGAAGAAGCCGUGGUCACUUUCAUUCUCGUUUGGUCGUGCAUUGCAGCAGAGCACGCUGAAGGCAUGGGCUGGGAAGGAAGGGAAUGUGGACAAGGCGCGGGCGGCCUUUCUCUCGAGGUGCAAGGCGAACUCGGAAGCAACGCUCGGGAAAUAUGGCGGCGGUGCUGCGCUCGGAGAUGGGGCCACGGUGAGUCUUCAUGAGAAGGAUUACAAGUAUUGAUUAUGAAGGUUUGUUGUGGUACUCGAGUAAUGUUUGGAAAAAGGGGAAUGAGGAUUUUUGUGUCUUGUGUGUGAUUUUAUGAGAACUUUUAUAUGUUUGAUUGGGUGCUGUGUUGGUAUGAGCUUUUAGACUUUGCUUCAAAUAAUUGUCUCCUUUAAGCCACCCUAUAUUUUGGUAUUUGGUUGGUUAUAUUUCAAUGUUUUGCCAUAAUGAAGGUUAUAUUGUUGUUUUA